AUGACUGAAGAUUUGGAUGCGUGGAUAAUGAAAAAAAUGAAGCUUCGAGUAAUCGAGUUAACUGUGAAGCAUUCCACCAGAGCUAAGAUAAAGCAUUUCAUAACUGUGCCACGCAACGUCUGCAAAAAUGAUUCGGUGAAAAUUUCGAAGAAAAUGAAUGUUCUUGAUAUUCACGAACAACUUAUAGAGGAUUGUUGGCUCGCGCUCAGGUCUGGAAAAUAUUUGUCGGAUGUCGAUUCCGAGAAUCAAGACAAAUUCGAUGUCUUGCUAAACGAGUGUGCAGAAGUUCGAUCAGACAAUGGUUCAGAAUCAAUGCUGAAUGUGAAACGCCCAAGCGCUGAUAUUUUUCAUUCAGUUAUCGAUUUGGGGGUCAACACAGUCAACAGUGAAUCCGGUAUGGAAAACUUGCAAUCCAUCCUAGAGGUCAUGGGCAAUGACAUCACGAAAUUGACCUAUCUGGUAGCGAGUUUCAAAAAGGUCGAAGAAAGUCAACAGAUAAUUCUUCAGCUGCAAAACAGUCUCGCCGAAAACAAUGUGUUGCAGAAGCAAUUGACUAUCAGUUUAGGUCAGUCGGAACAAAAAAAUUUGGAAUUGGUCGGACAAAAUAACUUGAUGCUGGAGCAAGUGAGUGAAAUGAAGAAGGUUUUUACCCAGUCGGAGCAGAAGAACAUCGAUUUGAUCGGUGAAAAUGAGAAAAUUGUACAGCUUCUGAGCGAAUCGGAUCAAAAAAAAUUUGAAUUGGUCGGCGAAAUCGAUGCGUUGCGGUUGAAAUUAAAUGACGUGACCACCAAUUCGGAGGAAUUGAACAAGAAUUUUACCCAGUCGGAGCAAAAGAACCUCGAUUUGAUCCGCGAAAAUGAAAAAAUGGUACAGCAUCUGAACGAGUGGAAGAAUUAUGGCGAGCGCAUGCAAAACUAUCUGAGCGAAUCGGAUCAAAGGAAAUUGGAAUUGGACGGCGAAAUCGAUACGUUGCGGCUGAAAUUGAAUGACGUGACCACCAAUGCGGAGGAAUUGAACAAGAAUUUUACCCAGUCGGAGCAAAAGAACCUCGAUUUGAUCCGCGAAAAUGAAAAAAUGGUACAGCAUCUGAACGAGUGGAAGAAUUAUGGCGAGCGCAUGCAAAACUAUCUGAACGAAUCGGAUCAAAGGAAAUUGGAAUUGGACAGCGAAAUCGAUACGUUGCGGCUGAAAUUGAAUGACGUGACCUCUAAUGCGGUGGAAUUGAAGAAAAAUUUUAGCCAAUCGGAGCAGAAGAAUGUACAGUUAGCUAACGAAAACGGACACUUGUGGCAGCGUAUGAACGAAUUGAAAAAGGAUUUCGAUAAAAUGGUGGAUUCAAUGCAAUCGCAAAUUCAGAACAUGGGAACGGUUGGUGUCUCAACAAAUGAAUCAGAUAAAGAGGAAUAUAAUCAACCGCCAGUUGAAUAUAAUCAACCGCCAGUUGAAUAUAAUCAACCGCCCGUUGAAUAUAAUCAACCGCUUGUUGAAUAUAAUCAACAGCCCGUUGAAUAUAAUCAACAGCCCGUUGAAUAUAAUCAACAGCCCCCCGUUGAAUAUAAUCAACCGCCCGUUGAAUAUAAUCAACCGCCCGUUGAAUAUAAUCAACCGCCCGUUGAAUAUAAUCAACCGCCCGUUGAAUAUAAUCAACCGCCCGUUGAAUAUAAUCAACCGCCCGUUGAAUAUAAUCAACCGCCCGUUGAAUAUAAUCAACCGCCCGUUGAAUAUAAUCAACCGCCCGUUGAAUAUAAUCAACCGCCCGUUGAAUAUAAUCAAGGCCUUGAACAGAAUUGUGAUAAUUCCGCCUUCUAA